AUGGUCUGUUCAUGGUGCACAAACAACAGCCUUAUAGAACGGCGGACAUGGCCGCCACUGCGAUUCUGCGAAUCACGAAAACCGACUUUUCGAAAGUCCUUGACUGUACUCUUGUUCACGAGAAUAUCACGACGACCCGCCAAGAUACAGUAUCAACAGGGGAUAGACUACUAUGCCGUCCUCGGCCUGGAGGAAGGAGCUAGUCCUACAGAAGUGAACAAGGCGUGGAGAAGGGAGGUCUUACUCCAUCACCCGGACAAGAACCCUUCUUUGGUGAUUCCAUCUUGUUCAACAGGACUAUCAGGUGCCAGCACACCUAGUGGUUCGGAAGAACAGAACGCAAAGAUUCACCUGAUCAACCAAGCGCGCCUUGUGCUUACCGACCCCGUUUUGCGUGAAGAAUGGCUCUUGUCCUUUUUAUCGAACGCACAGCAACCCCAAAAACCGAAAGAAGAAGGUCCUCACGUCUUCAGACACAUCAGUCUGGACGAGUUUGAGCCUUGCUAUGCCUCAACGACAUCUAGGGCAACUGGAGAGGCCGAGGAUGAAGAGGAACCGACUCACUUCGUACACCCCUGCAGAUGUGGCGGAGAGUUCCUCAUCACUACCGAGCAGCUGGAGCAAGGCGUUGAUGUGGUGGGAUGUGAAGGUUGUGGAGAGUGGGUCAGGGUGGGGUAUGAAGUUGUAGAAGAGGAGGAUUAGCGGCCUAUAAAGGGCCCGGGAGAUGGCAGACUCUUUGCAAACGCUCUUGGUGUGGUAUCUCGGGUCCUCCGACAUCCAUCAACAUGCCUAAAUGACGGUUAGACCCUGAUGAUAAACUGUCAGAGGCUGCCUCCGCCAUCCGUCUCGGAUAGAGCAACGGCACCCCUUGUGGUCUACUAUGGUUUAGGACAAUUUUACUUCCUACUUCGCGCAUCGAUCGAGCACGAUGAUCGCUCAACGUCGCACCAGUGCGCGGCCGAUCAUGUCACAUAUUGUGACUGGCGACAUGCCUUGCGUAUCCGGAAAUGCCACAUAACUUUGACAUGCGUUCCUCCUCCCGAAUACCCCACUCAUGUAGCAUGUAUGUACCUCGGACUUGCCAAUGCGAUUCUGCAUUUGUUGAUUGUUGCAUGUUGUGGCCAUCCCCCGAAAUGCGUUACAUAAGCAACCUCCA